AUGAAAAGAAUUGAAUGUAAUGAACCAGAAGAUUUACAAGAGUGGUAUAGUAAAACUGAACCUAAGAUUGAUAAGUAUAUAGAAUUAAGUAAUCAAAAAAAGUUAUUACAAAAUUUAAAUAAGAGUAUUAAUCAAAUUAACCAAAUGACCGAUUCAUUAUCAAAUGCAUUAGCAGAUACAAUUAAUAUUUUUGAUCAAUUAACACAAAUAAAUCCAGAAGGAUUUAUUAGUGAUAUAACUCGUAAUGCAAAUAAUAAAUUAAAAGCAUUUAAAGGAACUUUAAUGGAUGUUUGUUGUACUUUUACAAAUGCAACUGAAUUAUUAAAAGUUGCAGAAAAAAGUAUAUUUCCAUUAAUCAGUCAAAUUAAAAAAACAAUGAUUGAUUGUGGAACAAAAAAGAAUAUUGAUGCAUGUGCUUUAUGUAGUAUACAAGCUUAUGAAUUUAUGGAAACUACUCUUAUUGAUAUUUAUUCAAUAUCAAUUAAUAUUUCAAUUGAUUUAAAUAGAUUAACUGCAAUUGAAAAAUAUACGGUUGAAGAAUUACGCUCAAUGAAAGAAUUUACUGUUCCUCAAUUAACGUAUGACCUUAAAAAUAAAAUUAAACAUGCAACUAUUCCUAUCUCAAAUCAAUCAUUACAAACAUUAAUAGAACAUGAAGGAUUAUCUUUAUAUGAAUUACCAUUUCAAAUACAUAAAAUCUUUUAUUUUCUUUAUACAGUUGGUUAUUCUUCAACUGGAAUAUUUAGACUUGCAGGAAGAGCUGAUACUGUAGCACUUUAUGCAAAAUAUCCUUUAUUAAUUGAAUAUGAAGAAAAGAAUAGUAUUGUUAUUGCAGCUACAUUAAAGAAAUUUAUGAGAGAUCUUCCAGAACCAAUAUUUCCAUCAUCUGCAUAUAAAGAAAUAAUUGAAGCAACCCGUGAAUAUGACCAACAAAUGGUUGAUAAUAUACAAACAUUAAAACCAGUUUAUAUUCAAAUGAAUGAAAAUCCUCAUAUUAAUAUAAUGCAAGAAGAAUCUACUCCAUUAAUGAUUUAUUUAUGUAAAUUGAAAAAGAUAUUAAGUGAACUUCCUAUUGCAUCAACUGUUCUUCAUUAUUUUAUUGAAUUAGCAGUUAAAAUUGCUAAUGGACCAAGUUUAAUGACACCUAAUAAUUUAGCAAUUUGUUUAGCUCCUUGUAUUCUUUAUGAUUCUAAAGCAGAUAUUACAGAAACAGGGUAUUGUACAAUGGCUAUACAAACUCUUAUUGAACAUUUUAAAUAUGUUUUUAAUACUCAAAAAGUUAUUUAUACUAUGUCACAUAAAAAUAAUGUAAAUUCAAUGAAAAAAAGAAGAGCUACAUUAAUUUCUGGUAAAGAAAAACAUGAAUUUAUUGAAACUCUUGGUUCUAUUAAAACAAUUUCUCCUCCUGUUGAAAUAAUUGUAAAUGAUACUUCCUCUAGAAUAAAUCAACCAAAAAUUAAAUCUGAUAUUUCUUUAAAUAUUCCACCACCACCUCCUCGUCCACAACAACUUGUAAAUAAAGUUUAUGCAAAUUCUUCAUCAAAGAAAAUACAUAAAAAGAAAAUUAUAAAUCUUUCAACAACUACAGAUGAUAUUUUAGGUAAUGAAAUAAAAAGAAAACCUUUAGUACCAUCAAAAUCUCCUAAAGCCAAAACUAUGAAAGAACAACCUGCAUUAACUAAAUCCUGUCCUACAGGAGAAUGGAAUUCAUUAAUUGAAGAAAUGGCUUUAAAGAGAAAACAAAUGAUAGAACGAAAACAGAAUGAAGUAAGUUUGUUAUCUUUUUAA